AUGCCAGUUUCAGAGGAAGCAGUAGCAGAUGUAUAUAAUCAAGCACGUCCGCAAGCUGUUCUUGGAAUUGGUAAUGUGCCUGUGGCUGAAGUUGAUUUGUACGAUCCAGAGGAUCAUUAUCAAGGAUUGAUUAAGGUUCGGUUAAAUGGUCCUGCUCCAUAUCGCACUGAUGAAUUUAAUUGUGACCGGGGUUCCCCAGUUUACUAUCCCUAUUAUAGUGGCCAUGGUCGGGGUCAUCAUAUAAUCGGAGCUCAACCAGUUUGUAUUUUACUUGAUUAUGUUCAAGAGCAUGAAAAUACUGGUGAUAGAUGUGAGGUGAAAAAUUACAUGUAUUGUAUAUCGGUACAUAGGAUUAUUCAUAAUAGUGAACUCAAUCGUCAAGACUUGCAGUUACAUGGAGAAAACUUUGCUUAG